CCUCAUUGUGAGAUAAUUGCUGCUGCAUGUCAGAGAAAUCCAAGCAAGGAGAAUUUUUUUUCUGCUCAAGGGAAGCUUCAACAACACGCUGGUGCAGUCAAAAUUCCUGGGUCUGGUAGUGAGGGGCACCGGGCAAAUGUUGGAGAGAGCCCACCAGAAAAGAAGAUGCUGAAAAAGUUUGGUAAUUUAUACCAGUUAUGAACUCCCGACUCCGUGCUCUGGGUGGAAGGAUAAACAAUAUUCGAGCAACAGAACUUCCAAAAGAAAAGAACAGAUCUGAGGUGGUAUGCAAUGUGCGCUUCUUGGAUGGCUCUCAACAGUGCUUUAGAGUUAAUAAACAAGACACUGGUCAGACUUUGUUGGAUAUGGCCUACAAUCACCUAAAUUUGAAAGAACGAGAAUACUUUGGAUUACAACACAAUGAAGAAUCAUUGGACUCACAUAGGUGGAUUGAGCCGAGUAAACCAAUUCGAAAACAAAUAAAAGGAGGAUUUCCAUGCUCCCUUUUGUUCCGUGUACGUUUUUUCAUUCCUGACCCCAACACAUUACAGCAGGAUCAAACCAGACAUUUAUAUUUUCUACAAUUAAAAAGUGAUAUUCUAGAUGGGAGGAUGUCUUGUCCUCUGAAUUCAGCAGUAGUUCUUGCAUCUUAUUCUGUACAAUCUGAGCUAGGAGACCAUAAUCCUUUGAUACAUGUUCCAGGACACCUCUCAAAUACUUCUUUUAUACCAGGACAAGAUAUUGAUUUUUUAAAUAAAGUAGAGGCAUUGCACAUACAGCACAGCGGACUUGGACAAACAGAAGCAGAGUCAUGCUACAUUAAUAUUGCAAGAACACUAGAAUUCUAUGGAAUAGAAACACACAGUGGUAGAGACCUCCAUAAUUUAGACCUACUGAUUGGUAUUGCAUCUGGUGGAAUAGCCGUGUAUAAGAAACUAAUCUGCUCAAGCUUCUAUCCUUGGGUAUACAUUUUAAAAAUCUCUUUCAAAAGGAAAAAGUUUUUUUUACAUCAGCGUCAAAAACAAAAUGAAUGCAGAGAACAGAUUGUAACAUUCAAUAUGUUAAGUUAUCGUGCUUGCAAAAACCUUUGGAGAUCCUGUGUGGAACAUCAUACAUUUUUCCAGACAAGAAGAUCACUACCACGUGAACGGAAGGUAGUUUCUAAUUAUUGGACUUUGGGUGCAUUAAACCAAGCAAAGUCUGCCAGCAGCCAGCUAUGCAGGAAAGUAAUUGGUGGAAUGGUAUGGAACACAGAUGUGAAGAGAUCAUUAUCCGUGGAACAUCUUGAGACAAAAAGUCUUCCGUCACAUUCUCCUCCUAUAACACCAAACUGGCGAAGCCCCAGGUUAAGACAUGUGCUUAGAAAACAGCAUUCUUCUGCUGACAAUCUAGCCAAUGAAAUGACUUACAUAACAGAGACUGAAGAUGUUUUUUAUACAUACAAAGGCUCACCAACCUCCAAAGACAGUGAUUCCGAGUUUUUUCAGAAUCAGAGUCCACAUAGUAGGUCGUCAGAACAAGAUUCCCCAAAAAAUGUACUGGAACACAGUCCAAGAGAAAACAUUCUGCACCAGCCAGCUUCUCCCAGUGGGUUAUCAAGACAUUCAUCAUCUUCUCACCCACUAGAGGGUGUAGAUAAGCAGUUUCUUGAAACGUAUGACAAUAUCAAGAAAAGCAGUUCAACAGAUGACUCCAGCCAAUACUACUGUGACAAGAGUGACACUUUGAAUGGAGAUUUGUUGUUGGUUCAUAUUAUACCAGAUGAAGAAGGAAAAUUUGGAUUUAACCUAAAGGGAGGAGUCGACCAGAAAAUGCAGCUGGUGGUAUCCAGAAUAACACCAGGAUCACCAGCUGAUAAAUGCACACCAAAACUUAUGGAAGGUGACCAAAUAGUUCUUAUCAAUGGUCGGGAUAUUUCAGAGCACACACAUGACCAAGUGGUGAUGUUUAUAAAGGCCAGUCGAGAAUUGCACACUCGGGAACUUGCACUUCUAGUUCGAAGAAAAGUUGUUAGGCCACUUGGUGAAACAAAGUCAGAAGAUGAUUCUGCCUUCACACUUUUUCCACCAUCAAUUCUUCCCACUUGCUCAGAAUAUGGUGAUACAUUACAGGGAUCAAUGGAACAGCUCUCAAAAGGCUUGGAAACUGGAGUUGUGCUCAUUCAAUUUGAGCAACUAUACAGGAAAAAGCCUGGACUUGCUAUUACCUGUGCGAGGACGGGUCAAAAUAUGGACAGAAACAGAUACAAGGAUGUUUUGCCAUAUGAUGCUACGCGAGUGCUGCUAAAUGGAGAAGACGACUACAUCAAUGCAAGCUAUGUGAAUAUGGAAAUUCCUUCCACUAAUAUUGUAAACAAAUAUGUUGCUACACAAGGACCGCUUCCUCACACAUGUGCACAAUUCUGGCAGAUGGUUUUGGAGCAAAAGUUGUCUAUUAUCAUCAUGCUAACAACCCUAACAGAGCGAGGAAGAACAAAAUGCCAACAAUAUUGGCCUGAUCCUCCAGAAGUCAUGGAGUAUGGUAAAUUUCGCAUAAUAUGUAAGACCGAAGACUGUACAAUUGCUUAUGUCUUCAGAGAAAUGCUCCUUACAGAUACAGAGACUGGUGAUGAAUUUCCAAUUAUUCACCUGCAAUAUGUUGCUUGGCCUGAUCAUGGAGUUCCUGAUGAUUCUUCAGACUUCCUGGAGUUUGCUACAUACGUAAGGCAAAAAAGGAUGGAAAAUCAACCAGUCCUCGUUCACUGCAGUGCUGGGAUAGGACGAACUGGUGUACUGAUCACCAUGGAAACUGCCAUGUGUCUGAUUGAACACAAUCAGCCUGUUUAUCCACUCGAUGUAGUGAGACAAAUGCGAGAUCAACGUGCCAUGAUGGUUCAAACCUCAAGCCAAUACAAAUUUGUCUGUGAAGCUAUUCUUCGUGUUUACAAAGAUGGCUUAGUUCGACCAUUGAAUUCAAGUUAAUAACAUUUAUUUUGUCAUGCCAAGAGGGCUCCCCCCCCCCCAAAUGCCUAUUGUCUGAGAUGUCAGUAAGACAGAUGAGCACUUUUGGUUUCUGGAAAAGAUUUUUAAGUUGUGUAUAUAAGGAAUGUGUAUAUAUUGUUUCAUGUCUAGAUAAGUGUAUAAAAUAAUUUUGCACAUAUUGUACACACAAAAAUAAAUCAUCACAGGAACACUAGUUAAUAAAUUGUUUUGCCUUAGACACAAUCUUGCAAAAGCUUCACGUUCUACCACUGAAGAUUUUAUCUAUAUUUUUAAUAUAUAUUAUUUUAUGUGUAACAAUACAUGAUAACCCACACAUCAAAGUAUUUCUUAGCUGCUUCAUAUUUUGACACAAAUAUUUUUUGAACACAGUGCCAAUAAAUGAAUCUUUUUUUUUUUUUAAUAUUUAGGACUUGUACCAUGGACUUGUUCUAUUUACCAUAUACCUUUUUGCUUUAAGACAUAGCAAUGUAAAGUUUUUAAAUCAAGUUAAACACAUUGACAGCAAUAACUUUCCCUAAUGAUGACACCACCAGCGAAACACAUGUAAACUUUCCACAUACUUAGUACCUUGAGGCAUAUAUAUUUUGCUGUGUUAAUUUUUCAGGCAUAUUCUUGGAGAUUAGCCAGAGAGAUUUUCAUUGUACUUAAUGAAUUUCCAUCUAUCCUGGAUAAUUUUGAAACACGCAUAAGCAUCUACAUUGUAAAAACAAAAAAGUUUAACUUUGUAUAGUAUUUAGGCCAUAGACAGUGGCGGACCCCCAUAAGGCCUAUAUGGGAUGUCCAUUUCCAUAAUUUACCGGAAUUGCAGAUGUAGAGACGGGAGAGGCAGGGAGUAAUUGGAGCAGGAAUAGGACUGGGGACAGGGUAUAACCUGGUGCCCAAAGUAAAAUUAAUGCAACCCUGCAGACACCUUAAUGGAUUGCAUGGCACAAAAACCAAGGCUUACAAUUCUUUAAUGUCCAAAUUUUGGUAGUUGUGAAUAAAAUAAAGGGGGAAAUACCCUCCUUUUUGAUUUAUCUUAUUAAGUUGGGCCACAAAUAGAUUUGUGUUUAUUUUAUUUGUGACAUACAUAUUUCCUCAGUUUGAGAGAAUCAUGAUAGUCUGCCUCUGACUCACAUAGGCUAUUACAGUAGCUCCCCUGUCAGAGUGGUAUUCAAUCCCUCCUUUACCUUGGUACAUAUUAAAGUGACAAAUACUUGGGCUUGAGGUCCUUCGGAUUUCCAGAUAAUCUGAGCACCUUUUUUUACAUAAAUCCAACUGAAUGAGCUUAUGUCAUGGGGGGUAUUUUAUUUGUUUUAAUGAUCGAAGAAAUUGUGUGUGAAAAACUGAGAUAUGUUGAUGUAUAGUUUUAGAGUAGUUACACUUUCACAUACUGACUACAUCUUUUAAGAACAAACUGUCAAACCAUUGGCCAUUCUGUAGACCUGCUGUAUAUAUGUUUUGAAGAAUAAAGCUAUGAUGCAGUCACACGUAACAUAUGUAUUAGGAUUUUGGCCAUCUAGAUGAAUGCUGGAGUCACACCACUUUAUUAUUCAGAUUGGCUGACCCACAUGUCAAAUGAUUAUAUAGCUCAGUUUGGUCAUGUGCUGACUGGUUCAAACACAAUCAAUCCAACAAGCCUCCAAGAAUUGAUAUUCAGUUUAGCUAGUUGUUGGUCUCUUAUCUAGGCAGUUUAAAUUAAGUUACAGAACACUGCAAUACAGAUAGUUGCCCAUUAAAUAGGAGGUAGUCUUUAAACAUGUUUUCUAAUUCUCUUGUUUUGUUACCCUGAAGCCCAUAGCAGUUUUUUUUUAUUUAGUCCUAAUAAGCUGAUUUAACUACUUUAUCACAAAGAAAAAAUCAAAAAUGGGACUGGUUUUGUUCAUCUACGGUACCACAGGUCUCUGUGUCGUUUCAAUUAGAUAAAUGUUCACUUUCUAAGGAGAAUUGACACAAUUUAUAUAUAAAUAAUUUAUAAAGAUUUUAUUUUCUUACCUAGUUGUUUAGCAUUUGUGAAUAACAUUUUGAAUACCUAUUUUUGGUGGUUAUACAAAUUAUUUAUAAAUAAGUAGGAAUGAUAUUGGUGUUUAAAUAUUUUUAGAAAAUGGUUUUCCAGAUAUUUAUAAUAAAACUGUAUAUCAGUGAUGCAAUAAUUAACAAAAGUAAGACACUGAGGUAAAUUUGCUUUGCUGAAACUGUACUCUGAUUUCCAUGAACCAUACUGUAACCUGUGAACAACAGAAUAGAAAGUUAAUUCAUGAAACAACUGUUCUUUUUAGUAGAACUGCAUAUUUUGAUUUUACAGUUUGUAGCUAGGGAUGUAUGGGGACAUGUAUGAUGUGUACUUGAAAAGUAAUGUAAUAGCAAUAUUGAUGUGUGCUGUGGACACCUUUUAAUAUAUAUCGCAUAUCCAGCGGAAUUGCAUCCAACUGAUUUAUGUACAGUGUACAAACAGCAUAAAGCAAGCAAUACUGGGAAAAUUACAAAUGUAUACAUAGUAAAGCAUUUGCUAAAGAUGCAACACUUAAAGCUAAUAAACUUAGAAAAUAAUAUUUGUUGAAAAUAGUAAUGUUUAUGAAAUGGAAAUGUGUAAGAAAAAGAAAAAAAGAAAAAUUCCUAGAUUUGAAACCAGAUUCUAAUCAUUAAGUAUUAAACUGGCUUACUGGGACUUGAAUAGUCAUUUGUUAUUGGUUUUACCUGAUAGUUAUCUUCUCAUAGUAUUCUAAGCUCUCACUAAAAGAGUUCUUUACAGUCCAUGACAAUAGCCAUUUAAGAAAAAUAAAAUGCUAAUAAUAUAA